AUGUCCAAGACCGCACAAGGAAGAGUCACAGGAACGUCGGGAACCCGCUUCACCGCUACCUUUGUCCUUCCCGACACUGGUAUGCAGGUCAACUUCCUCGGAAACUUCAGUUCCAGCAUCCAAACAUUCAACUGCUCCAACGCAACCCUCACGUAUACCGACAAUAACCAAAUCACUGCGACUCGCCAAUUCGAUGGUCAGCUCGGGACCAACAACUUGAAGCUCACUCUCAUGAAUGGGCCUGUCAUUGAAGGAGUUCUUGACAUGCCUAUCUCUCCACCCAGUUCCGUCGCCGGAAGCGGAGUCUGGGCGAUCAAUUAG